AUGACGGACGCAAUGGAGGUCAAGUCCCAAGACUAUGAGCGUCUUAUUGCUCGGGUCCACGCUCUCCCACGGGAACUGAUGUACACCAUUCUCGAAUACAAGCUCAUGUCAACUCUGGAAGACGAGCAACUCCCGGUCAACAACGACAUCGUCUCGAUCAACUUCCAUUACAAGCCACCAUGGCAGCUAUCUUUCAGUCCUGUCAGCCGUCGUGCAGUAUCCGCCUUCUACUACGGGAGUUUCACCUUCCACACGAGUCUUCUCCCAGGACUCUCGGAGCAGCUUACGAGAAAGUGGCUCGCGAGCCUGUCAUCGAAGAAUCGCAAAGCAGUCACCGCCCUGAAACUGGUCCAUCGCGAUAAGUUGAGAGUUUUCAACUCGCCGCCCAACGGAUACUCCUUGGCUCGGUUUAAAGCUAACACCAACGAACUUCGUCAGUUCGCGCGCAGCUGGUUCGUGGACGCUGGCUUUUCUGAAGUCAACAUUGAUGCUGUACAGUGGGAAGUGCAGUUCCAUGAAGUGACCCAUGUGAGGUGCUACAAAGUGUGGAUGACACACGAAGAGCUAGACAGGAUGCAUGAUGAGAUCAAGAACUCGGACAAAUCAAUCGCGGAUAAAUUCAAGUCGCUUCGUCGUCGGAUCGGUAUCGAUGUGGUCAAGGAGAAGUGGCUAUGA